GCGGGGCUGGGGAUGCGCUCGGGGGCUGCGGGGAGCGCGGCUGCGGGCGGGAAGGCUGGAGGGCUCGGCAGAGUAGAGAGGAGGGGCUCGGGGGUUCCCGAGGAGGUUUUGAGGUGACCCUGAGAAAUGUCCCGGAGGUGAGCCCGGAGCAGGCCCUGAGGUGGCCCUGAGAAGAAGUGGAAGGCAGAGGUGGUGCUGAGGCAGGAGAGCCCCGUGCUGGGGAAGAGGCUGAGCUGGGAGUGCCCAGCAGCGAGAAGGUGCUGUGUCCAUGCCCUGUGUGCCAGGUCCCCCAGAACCCUGAAGUUGGGAGAUGGGGAGUCUUGGAUUCCUGGGAGCCCCAGCAGCCUGGAGAGAGCAGAGACCACGUAGAUGGGAGACCCCAAAUACACACAGGAUUCCCAGCAGCCCGAACAGGGGGGACCUCCAGAAUCCCAAAGUGGAGAGACCAGACAGGAGGAACUCCUGGCUGGGGAUUUUUGGGCUGAAUCUUGGUGUUUUGGAGGUUUUUAUGGUCCCAGGAUGCCCGCAGGAUUUGUCCUUCCCAAAGCUUGGGCGGAUGGAGGAGGAGGUUGCAAGGAAGAGGAAAUAUCUACAGGCUCCCCAGGCAGGCCCCGAGCUGAGGACGGAGAGCACGGAGGACAAAUCCCCCCGGCAGAGCCUGGUGGGAGAGGCCGUUUUGAAGGGCUCCCCAGCGCAGGAAGGCAGCGGGGAGGAAAAGGCCCGGAGAUGCCCCCGGAGGAGGGGCUGCAAAGCCAGCCCAGAGAGCUCUGAGGAGGAAAGACCCGUUCUGUUCCAGGAAGGCGGCCGGAGCUUGAGCCGGAGCUCGGAGCUGGUGGACCCUGAGCAGCCUCCCAGCAGGGAGAAGCCCUUCAGGUGCUUGGAAUGUGGGAAGAGCUUCAGGAAGAGCACCCACCUCCUCGGCCACCAGCUCAUCCACACUGGGGAACGGCCUUACACAUGUAGAGAAUGUGGGCAGAGCUUCAGGCAGAACUCCACCCUCCGCAACCACCAGCGCAUCCACACUGGGGAACGGCCCUACAAGUGCUUGGAAUGUGGGAAGAGGUUUCAGCGCAGCUCACAUCUCCUCAGGCAUGAGCAGGCACACACAGGGGAGAGACCCUUCCGCUGCACCGACUGCGGGAAGGGCUUCAACCUGAAAUCCACCCUUGUCAAGCACCGGCGCAUCCACACUGGGGAGAGGCCCUACAAGUGUGGGGAGUGUGGGAAGAGCUUCAGCCACAGAGGUAACUUGACCUUACACCAACGAACCCACCAGUAAAAGAAGCCCUAGGAAUGCCCUGACUGCGGGAAGAGCUUUGGCCGCUGCUCCCACCCCGAAUGACCCCCCUGAUGGUGAGGCAACCCCUGGAGUCCAGGGACUGUCAGUCCAUCCCUUUCCACCAGAAAGGGCCAAUGCCCUUUGCCAGGGGCAGGUUGUGCCAACAGAACCCUUCUUGGGGGUGUGUGGAGAUUCCUGCCUUGACUGGGACCCCCCAAGGUCACUGCUGGAGGUUGAGAGCAGAGAUCUCCCCACGAUUGUUGGUCUGGGGGAGUUCCAUCCAUUUCUAAUUAAUAAUUCUUUCUUUGGUGCCAACUUGAGUAGAAUUGCUUCAACAAUUGCUUUAGUGUAGAGCACUGUCCUAUCUUAUUCUCUAUUAGUGGUAGUUUUAGUGUUUCUUUAGUGUUUCUUUUAAUGUUUCCUUAGUGUUGCAGUUUCCAUGGAGAAAAGGUGAGGGGAGGUGGGCAGAGAUUCUCGGCUACAGUCACCAGUUCUUCUCCCUUUCCUCUCCCUGAUUUUCCAGAAUUUGCCCUCAACUUUUAGAGUGUUCAGAGGAGGUUGCACGUGGUUUCUUGGCACGUAGUCAGUUGAGAUAUUGGCAGAGAUAUGAUAACCAUAAACAAUAACAGGAUCUAUUGGCAGGAAAAGUGCCGUGGGAAGUCCUUGUGGGAACUUGUGGCAGAGAGCUGACAGAGAAUGUUUGAUAGGAAGUUUUUGACAGGCAGAAACAAUUUUUGGCAUUUCUAUAUUAUCUG